UAUUGCCCAGUCCCUCCAUGCCUGACGAAAGCACAGACAAAGCUUGCUUUCUUCUCAUUUUCGUGUUCCUAUAAUUCAUAGCUCAGCAUGCCGAGCGCGAUACUUUUCCAGCAGCUUUUCAUCGAUAUGCUAGUGGCCGAGCUGCUAACGCCAGCACCGUCUGGGAGCACCUGCACCGACGCAACCCAGCCGCUGCGCUCCCUACAGCCUUUCGCUGGCACGCUCUCUAUAAGCAUCCGCAAGCCGACAUCUUUGCAGCGCUCGCAGCACCUCUUCCAUGUGGCCAGCACUGCGCCGGGGUCAUCUACGGGGUGUUACCGGCGCGGCACGUGCAAGGGCGUACCAACCUGCAUCUCAUUGACGCCGAUGUCGGCCCAACAAUGGCCAUGCGUGUACUUCAGGAGAUUGGGUUCCAAGGCCGCAUGUGGGAGCUGCCGGAGCCCCAGCGAGUCGAAUAUCAGUCGGCAGGUCCAAAUAGCGACAUCUUCCCGAAUCUACAACGGCUUCCGCAAGGUAAUGAUGGAACCGGCGCUGACGGCGCUGACAUUGGAUAUCAACGGACGAUUGCACGACUUUGCAAUGCUGCCCCUUACGACCGCCGCAACGCUCAGGUCGUUGACCACGCACGCGCACCGUCGGACGCGCACACUGCCAGUGGCGGUAUUUGCAGAGCUUGAGUGCCUGGAUAUCCACUUGAUUCAUGUAAGCAGCCCAGCCAUUGGUCGGGCCGUAUCGCUUUUGCCGGCCUUCCACGCGUCGCCUCUGCAUACUCUGAGGUUACUCAACACCGACGCGUCGCUCUUGCCAUUCGACCAGCGCGAUUUCCCCAGGCUCUGCUCUCUGGAUGUCGCCCUGCGGUACCUGCCGAGUCAUGAAUUGCACACGCUGGAAGGUUUGCCGCAGGCGCUUCUCGCGCAUUCGAAUCUGCGGAUAUUUGAGUACCCCAAGCUGUUUGGCCUGCAUCUCAGCGCGACAGUCGCGUCUGAUGCAGCCACGGAAAUUGUUGGCCAGCUGCCAUUCUUGAAGACAUUGGCGUACCAGAUAGAUGCUGGCCGCAGCGGCCGGCGGCUAGCCCGGCGGGAGGUAGUUGAAAUGGUUGCAGGGGGGCUUGGGAGUACGCCAUUGAAUAUGCGGCUGCAAAAGCUGGGCGUGGUGGCAGCGGCGGAGGUGCUAAGAUUGGCAGCGCGCGUGCCAUCGCUGUUGUGCUUGGAGAUGGGCCAUGGGCGCGUGUUCGAGUCGCUAAAGGUCCUGCGGGAUGCGCUCGGCGAUCCGGAGAUCAAGAGCAUCUGUGUAUAAGGGCUGGCAACCAUUAUUCUCUGGAAUAUACUUUUUCC